AAGAAACCUGGUCUGGUCGUAAAAGCUCCUAACCACCAUCAUCUCGAAAAUCCAUCCAUCACCGCCUGGCAUUUAGCGGCGCUCUGCUUAUCUCUCAUUCUUUACAACUCUGCUUCUCUACUGCAUAGGUCAAACAAAAAUUGCCAUUCGAUCUAUUUCGCUUUCGAUUCCAACAUCGCCUUGCCCAGAUGCAAAGGGGCGUCCACGUGCUAGACGGCCAACUCAUCGCUCUCUAGAUUGCCCGCGCUGCUGGCGCAGCCAUGGCAUCUGCAGUAGCUUCGGCCUCACCGACCAUCUUUGAGUCGUUGCCUGCGCGGCCGCCAACUCCUCCUCGAGAAGCCCAGCACGAUCCUGAAGCUUCUGCAAAGGCUGCUGUGACGCGGGCGACUGUCUUUGAACCUGACCACAGCCUACAGACACCACCGAACGCGAACACCGCAGCUAUUAAUGGUGGUAGUUCUCGGUCAAAUAUUGGCUCAAGUAGACUGAGGAAAAAGGUUGAAUGGUCAGCUCAUACAGACUACAAAGACGCCGUCUCGUACAACGACACGAGCAAGCCUGGCAAACUUUCACCACCAUCCGCACCCCCCUCCGCUCAGUCGAAGCCCGUUAAGGGUAUUUUAAAACCAUCCUCAUCACCUCUUCCUCCUAUUAACCCUCUUGGAGGGCUUACGAACGGCCAUGCUACACAAACAAAUAUAAUCGAAAUGCUCGAUUCAACGAUAAAGCAGCUGGCUGGCGCUGAUCGCCACUCGCGCCUCGACGCCUACAUGACGUUGGCACGAGCGCUAAAGGCGUCGAACAAUCUUCCCGAUCGCGUGGCGUUGCAGGACAAGAUGAGCCUCUUCAUGCAGUUCAUUCAACGAGAUGUCAAUGCGAAGGGGGAUAACGCCGGCCCGGACACGUCUCUCAUUAACCACGCUCUCAGUCUCCUGGCCACAUUUCUUCAGUUCCCUGCCAUUGCUUCGACGCUCACUGCCGACUUUGGCGUAUUCAUAGUUGAUCAUGCUACGCGCUGUUUCGAAGAUGAGUCCGUUCCAAAGGACGUCGUACGUCAUCUGAUGCAAGUAGUAGCUUUCCAAAACUUCAGCGCUAAGGUUAUGACUUCCGAACGUGUUGGGCGUCUCAUUCUAGCAUUGCACCGCAUUGAAAAUCAUAUGACAGGCAAAGGUAUCAUCAUGAGUCGUAUCCAUAUCUACAAGCGACUCGUGAAACAAUGCCGUGUCCAUAUGAUUACACACACUGAUUGGAUCAAGGAUCUCUUUACUGAUUUACUCAGCUCAAUUAAAGAAAUUCGAACACAAGCGGUUGCCCUGGGUUCAGAAGCUGGAUUUAGCCUACGAUCCGAGAAGCAGCUAAUGCUUAAAGCGACCGAGAUUUUCCAAUCGACCUACGAAAACGAAACCUAUAUCGAGUUUUAUAUCAAAAAGCUACAAGAUCUCAUUAAAGAUCGCCAAACAUCCGCGACCGUACCCCAGACUUGGGGUGUCAUUAUCCUAUUUCUGCGAUGCCCUCUCGACAGAUGGCAGCAUUAUGGACCAUGGCUUACAUUAGUCCAAUCUGCUUUCAACAUGGCAGACGCAACGACGAAACAGGAAGCCAACUUUGCGUGGAAUCGAUAUAUAUACUUGUCAAUUUUGGAUACCAAGAUCAGCCCGAAAGCGUUGGGCACUCUUUGCCAACCGCUUCUUAGCCAGCUGAAAAGAAAGACCAAUCCAAAGCAACCCCAAGAAGCCCUUAAGCUGCGAAACAUUGUUAUUGGUGGUAUUUGCAAUCUGUUCUACUACGCUUUUGCUCCAGGAAACGAAAAGUACCCCCCUAGCAUGGUUUGGGAUGUGGCAGUCCAGCCCAUUGUCAACUUGCUCAUCAGCUUAGAUGGGAAAGCGGACAUGCCUACAGACUGCUUAAUACAAGCCGCGAACCUGGUUGAAGGCCUAUUGGACGUGUCAGUACCAAAGGUCUGGAGAGCAGACCGCAUCCUUGAUGUAGCUCUUCCCUCCCCGUCAGAGCUACCUGCCAUUGACUCAAAAUGGACGCGGCGACAUAGCGACAAAAUCCUACCUUUCAUCACCCCAAUUCUGGAAAAGAGCAUAAUGUCUCUUUCUGACCAGGAGGGCAGCGCAUUUAAGCUCUGGCAAGCAUUUGUCGGGUCAAUCGCUGCGGCUUCUGCGAAGGAUAUCAAGAUGUCGGAUGAAACAUCGAAGUUUUUGGCCGCUGCGUUUGGGCUCGUCUCGAAGCUGUGGUCCAAAGGCGUUCCGGAAGAUGCUACACCAGAGGAUUGUACCGCCUUUCUAAACAGCAUCAAAGCCUUUGUUUCGGUACUGAUUCAGAAGCUUGGUGUUCUUCCAUUUUCUGAAAAGCGAUUUUCUGCCACUGUAUCCGACACUUUUGAACCGAUCGCAACUCCCUCACAAGGCUCUGAGCGUACGCAACAUGCCGAUGGCGUAGUUCGUGUACCCUUGCAUCACCUCUUCAUCAUUUUCUCGUCAGCACCUCCAGGUAUUGGUGAUGGUGAUGCAUUAGCCCAAUUCUUCCAAGCUGUCUUGCAACCAUUUUUCAAAGAUCGUACACCCAAGGGCCGAACAGAUCUCAGUAAAGAGCUUUUGCAACUUAUCCCCCGAAACGCACUUUGCCCAUGGGGACCAUGGAUGCUUGCAGCUCAAAACAUGUGUCUGCCACAAGACAAGUUGUUGAAUGCUCCUAAUGGAAGCUCUGUCGACGUUGAACAUUCUCUCGGUCCUAGCUAUCGAGAUAUGGUGCUCCUUCUGGAACGUGGUCUCUCGGACUUUCCGAACCUUCCGUUAAGACAUUGGCAUGGCCUAUUCAAUGCGAUAUCUGUACACUCUAUACAACAAAUCGGGCACGCAGGCCAAACGUUGGCACUUUUGGAGCCUUUAGCAAAGUCGAUCAUGGAACAGUACUUCGCGCAGACCACUAUUGAGAGUGAUGCGCUAUCUGUAACUGCGCUAAAAGCCGUCUCAGCACUUCUUUUGGCUGCUCAGCCAGCGCGUGAUGCACAGGCGAUCAACUCCGCGCGGCAAAGGCUUUGGGGUACACCUAUCUCCACAUCCAGGACCAGCACAGGUGAUGCGUUUGAUGCCAUGUACAAACUCUGUAACCGUGUCCUGGAACUCAUCUACGCAAAGCUUCCCCUGGAGGACGAUUCAGAGGUGUCUAAGAUGAUUGAUGCAGUUACAAAAUUCCUUCAGGCAUCAUUCCCGACAGCUCAGCUACGUGUGCUAGCAAAUAUCCAAUCCGGAAUAUGCCCAAUCAUUCAAGAUGAAGCGGAAAAAUGGGCCGACAAUAAGUCACAGUUGACAUCCAUGAUCUACGAGAUGUGGGACGAGGUCUGCACUGAGCUGAUUCAAUCAGCUGGAAGCAAUAAAGACUUCACUCAACAAAUUGAGCCACUGUUUAUGUCAGCCUUCCAGUCAAAACAUGGCGAUGUCAUUAACAAGGCUGCUGAAGCGUGGAAUAAGUUGGCCAAGGAUGAGGACAGUCUCGAGUGCUCCGACAACCUGAAGAGUACACUCUCUUCAUUGCAAUCUAAGCUAGACCUUGUUAUGCCAGGGGCCAAUGCAGCAGAAUCAGGGGCUCAAGCCAAUUCUCUAGGCAACCCUAGCUUUAUUGCACUAUCAUCGGCUUCGUCACAGCAUGAUAACGCAGCUGAGUCAACUCCUACAACGGCCCAGCCCAGAGUGCCCCAACGUAGCUCUUCAAGGAGAAGAACUGCAUCGGCACGAAAGGAAGCGGAAAAUGCUACAAAGGUCACAAAAGCAGCGAGUACACCUAGGCGACUUCGCCAUGAAAACUCUCAGCUUCGCUUUGCUCAUAUUGCUUCGUCAUCACCGAUGGCUGACGAAUCGCAACAUUUAACUGAGCGUCAAAAAGAGGUUCGCUCGCGGCAGCGCAAUAAUGCGGGCAUGUAUUCUGACUUGGUCAACUCAUCCCCUACUAAGAUGGAAAUUGAUGAUGGCAAUACGGGUUUAGAGCACAAAGAGUCUCGCCCAUACUCAACUCCCAAGCGAGGUUCAUCCUUUAGUAAAGUCAUCAGCUUGACACCAACCCCGCGAAGAGGGCAAUUCUUACAAAUGGAUGAUGACCCCCCUUCAUCACCGCCUCUUCCUAGACCAGAUCCUCUUCAGUCCGAAAUUCAGCUACGGUCCCGUGGUAGUAGCGUCGUUGAAUCAUGGCAAUUCUCCUCACCCCCUGGAAGUCCUGUUGUUCAACAAUCUGCGUCUCGGGCGCCUAGAUCGCAGCCCCAGAAAUCGAAACAGGAUACCCCUGUGGAAGCAGCUCAGCCACAAGAGGAGCCGACAGGGAAAAGGGUUACUCGAAGCCGCCGCCAUACAAUUGGAGCCGCUGCCGACGAUGAGCUAGUUAUCCCAUCCAGCAUUGAGGUUCCAGAAGCGGCCGUGGAUGAAUCUGUCCGAACAUCCAGACGCCGUAAGCAGCAACAACCGGCUAGUUCCCCUUUGAAAGCCUCGGGUGAGGUAUUACAGACACCUACAAAACCCUCCGUCCCAGAGCUGCGUCGAAUGAGGUCAAACCCCGGCCCUGUUUCUAACGUACCAGAGGAAUCUGAGCUCGAUCCUGCCCCAUCACCAUCAAAUGCACGUGGUAGAAGAGCGUCAAGACGAAGGCAGACGAUGGAGUCUAUCCCUACGACAGAACCAAUUCCCCCUCCAGCGGCUGCACCUGAACUACCAGAGCCUGCCAUCGUGAUUGAAGUGGCAAAAUCUGAACCAUCGGAAUCAACUGAGCUUAAGAGGAAGCGUAAGAGGCCGGCCCGACAGUCUAGUCGCAGUAGAAAGCGACGAUCUGUUGGUGGACUGCCUACAAUGCAAACUGAAGAAUCUAUUGAGAGUGCAGACGAAGACAAUGUAGCACUUCCAGCUGUUGAGGAAGUGAGAGAAGUGGAAACGGUGGUGGCAAGCGAGCCUCUUAAGACUCCUGCUGUCAUGCCUGAGCCCACUCGAGGAUCCUCGAAACGACGACGAACCCGGACUCGAAGUCGAGGCCGCAAAUCAUCAGGCCCUCAAAGCAGUCCUCGAAAGGAAGAAGGUGACACUGAUGAAGAAAUCUUCUCUCAGCUUACCAAUGAAUCGAAUGCUAUGGCGCAAAGCCAGGCCGAACAUGAGCAGGAUGAUGUGCCUAUGGAAGACAUCAAAACUCCCAUAGAGGAGCUAACACCAAGAGCACAACCUUCAGUCCCAGAAAGUCAAGCUGAAGUUGCCGAAGCUCCAACAUCCAUUCUCAGCGCGCUGGAGAAAGGUCUCAGCCAGCUACGUGGCGCAACACUUUCGCGAGAUGAGGUGUAUAAGAUGGAGGACAUGUUGAUGGAUAUGAAGCGCGAGCUCUAUGCCGCAGAGCAGCGCGGACGGGGAACAGAUUCUCUUCCACCAGGCGAAGUUUGAUUUGAAUCUUUGUUGGACUGAAGACGGACUUGUUUCUUUUGUUUGAAGCAAUUCUCUCUGUUAUUUUAAAGGCAAAUAUAUUGCCACAAAUUGGCUGAUACAGCCACUCGAAGGCGUCUUUCUUAGUGGUGGAUGGUCACAUUGGGAACAAAAAGUUGACAUUAUAGAGCAUAGUACCUUGUUAGGGUUCUUGGUUACUAUGUUUCGUGGUAGCAUUUGGUUUGGCGAAGCGGCGAAUUGCACAUUGGAAAACCGCUCGGGGCUAUAUAACUGUUUUUACACUUUGUAUUAGCUAAUUAUGUCAUGGAGUAUAUAUAUAUGGAUAAUUUUGUAUUUCAGCAUUCCAUUCUUGAACUCUGACCUGAAGCCAUUGCAGUUGCCGAAUUGGCGAAGAGAAACGCUCGUUGUUUCUUUGAUUGCGUCCAAGAUUUCGGGUCAACAAACAACAGUGGAUGGACUAGGUAUGGCCAGCUGUUUAAUUACCCAUGAUUAAUUCAACGACUGGACCAACUGCCC